GGUUUGACGCAAUCUGGAUCAGUCCUGUGGAUAAUCAGGUUGAAAAUGAAACGAUUCAUAGUAUUAAUCGGGCUUUGCUAACUGAAGAAUUCAAGAAUCUUGUUGAUGUUGCUCAUUAUGAAGGGAAAGAUGAAUUUUAUGAAAUAGGAUACGAAACCGGUAAUGGUGUUGGAACAUCACAGAAUAGGUUGCCUCAAAGUAAAUUUAGGAGAAGUUUAACGCAUGAAGAAAUUAUCGCUGUUGGAUAUUUUGAUCCCGGAAAUUGGGCGACUGAUUUAGCAGGUGGAUCUAAUUUCGGAUACUCGCCUCUUUUCAUAAUUUUAUUAUCAAAUCUUUUUGCAAUGUUAUUACAAAGCUUGGCUAUCAAGUUAGGCACUGUCACAGGAAUGGAUCUUGCUCAAGCAUGCAGAGUUUUUUUUCCAUCAUAUUUGAGAUACUUUUUAUACAUGCUAUGUGAACUUGCAAUCAUUGCAACUGAUUUGGCAGAAGUCAUAGGCAGCGCUAUUGCUCUAAAUAUUCUUUUCAGCAUUCCUUUACCAUUGGGAGUUGCGAUAACCGCAUUUGACAUUAUGAUAAUCUUACUAAUUUAUCGUGAAAAUAACCUAAGAUCUUCACGAAUUUUAGAGUCUCUCGUGAUGAUAUUAGUCAGUAUAAUUGGUGCUUGCUUUAUUGUGGAAUUAUUUCUUUCUAAACCAGUUGCAAGCCUUGUGUUUUCAGGAUACUUGCCUAAUUCUGACUUAUUCACUGAUUCUAAAGAAUUAUUCGUUUCUGUUGGCAUAAUCGGUGCGACUGUUAUGCCACAUAAUCUUUAUUUACAUUCACAUCUAAUCAAAGUUAGAAAAUACCGAGAAGAAUCAAACGUAUUGAAUGACAUAGAUAAUAGCUUAGAAGCUAACCAAAUUGAAUCCGAUCAAAAAGUACAUUCGGUCAAGAUGAUGAUUAAAAAAAUAACCUACAGAACCAUUAAAUUAUCUUCUUUAGAUUCUUCUGUAGCAUUAAUAUUCGCAAUGUUUAUAAAUUCUGCGAUAUUAAUUGUUGCUGCAACAAAUUUCUAUUACAAUAACAAUACUACAUCAUCAAAGGUAGCUGGUUUAUUCGAUGCUCAUAAUCUAUUAACAAAGUAUCUUGGAGGUUCCGCAGGUAUUAUAUUCGCCUUGGCGUUAUUAAUAUCUGGGCAAUCCGCGACUCUCACAGCCACUAUAGCAGGACAAGUUGUUAUGGAAGGGUUCCUUGGUUGGGUAAUACCUUCGUGGAUGAGACGACUAUUCACACGCGCUGUCGCUAUUACACCUGCAAUGUUAAUUGCAAUUAUAAAUGGGCAAAAUGGACUAUCAUAUUUACUGGUCGUUAGUCAAGUAGCGUUAUGUGUUCAGCUACCAUUCGCUAUUAUACCAUUGGUUUAUUUUACUAGUGCUAAAACAUGUAUGACUGUUGAUGUUAGAAAUGCUUUUAAUCCUAAGAGUGAAAGGGAGGAUGAAAAUGAAGAAGGUAGGGUUGUAUUAUUGACUUCUCUGAUACCUACUGAGUCUAAUGGUAAUAAAUUACCGCACAUUUCGGUGGAUGAGAAAUAUUUACUGGAUUUUACGAAUCCG